AUGUCCUUCAACGAUAACUUCACCGUUCCGAUAGUCGUUUCCAACCAGUGCCAGGACACGAUAUGGCCCGGCGUCGGCACCCAGCAUGGCCGUGGGCCUGGCACCGGCGGUUUCGAGCUUCAGGCGGGCAAGUCCCGCGAGUUUAACGUCAGCUGGGACUGGCAGGGCCGCAUCUGGGGUCGGACAAACUGCACCUUCAACUCUGACGGCAGCGGCCCGGGGCCGGGCGGCAGCAUCGCCGGGCCGGGCACGGCAUGCACCACAGGCGACUGCUUCGGCAGGCUCAACUGCGAAUUCACAGGCGCCGUCCCCUCUACCCUGGCCGAGUUCACGCUCUGGGGUGGCUCGACGGGCAAGCAGACCUUUUACGACAUCAGCUUGGUGGACGGCUACAACCUGCCGUUGGCCAUCGUCUACAUACCCGCCCCCAACAUGACGUACAUACCACCUAACCUGGUCAACCCGAGCUGCAUCGCGACGGCUGGCUGGCUCGAGCCGCCCGCCCGGACCGGCACGGACCACUACACCAACUCAUCGUACCCGAUGCCCUACGAGCCCAACCAGACCAACGAGAGCGUCGAGCGCUGGUGCCCCUGGGACCUGCAGCGCUUCCCGCCCGAGAAGCCCGGCAGCGGCGUCUACCCUUACCCGGACGACCACAUCGAGCGCCCGAUCUUCGACCCGUGCCUGAGCGCGUGCAGCAAGACUGGCUCAAAGGAAGACUGCUGCUCGGGCGACCACGCCGACCCAAACGUCUGCAAGCCUGGGUUGUACAGCGGCAACGCCAAGGCGGUCUGCCCGGAUGCGUACAGCUACGCCUUUGACGAUCAGACCUCGACCUUCAUCAUCCCCUCGGGAGGCGGCUGGGAGGUGGUGUUCUGCCCCCGGGGGAGGUCGACCAACAUCCUCCGCACCUUUGGCGACCAGCUGAGGACGCUGGGUGAGACUGGCAAGAUCAGCGAGAAGCAUUUGGAGGAACUCCGUAGCGAGGAUUACAUUAAGAGUCGUCCCACCGGCACCGCACCACCCCGGGCGACAGUGUCUCUGAGGAAUGUGCUGGUAUUUUCUUUGGGCCUUGGGCUUUUGAAUAUCUUGUGGUAG